UUCUUUAAGAAAAGGAACUAACAAGGCAGACACAUGCACACCAAUAAGGAACAUAUGGAAAAUCAUGAGACUGCAGAGGUUCUAGCCACUUCCAACCAAAACUUCGAAGACACAUUGAGUGAUACAGAGCUUAAGCCUUGUUUUGGAUGGUACCAACCUCGGUUUUGGGGGUCGAAUGCGAACCACACUGUUGGUAAUGAAUCAGGGGGCCAAGGCGGCAAAAGUUUUUUUUUUGAUUCCACGAGAAAACUCUUAGUCGAUGACGUCACACAACGGAAGAGUGAAAGCGACGAUGCAAAAAAUUUUGAUCGACCUCAUAAGGAGAAGAAAGUUAGUACGGCAAGCACGUAUGACGAUUUUGAGAAGCUAUUUGCACCUCUUGGGCGAGCUACCCCUAUAGAGGAUAUCUUCUGGGGACCCCCGUUGAGUAAGAAGCGACCUCCAGCCACAGACUAUGAACGGCUACUAACUAAAUAA